UCCCAGCUGCUGCCCCUGAACUUCCCUUCCUGGGGCCUGGAGCUUCUCCCUCCCCGGGCCAGAGCUAAAGAAUGGCCACCCUGCAGCUAGAGGAGAAGCUGGUUUGUGCCAUCUGCCUGGAGCUGUACCGGGAAGCGGUCACUCUGCCCUGCGGCCAUAACUUCUGCCGGGAGUGCAUCGAAGACCACUGGAGCAGGAAGGAGGUGGACUGCCCUCAAUGCCGCACCCCGUUCGUGCAGCGCCCCGCGCUGCACAAGAACGGGGCUCUGUGUGACGUGGUGGAGACCCUCCGGGCGACCGAAGGGCUGGGGGCGGCGGCGGCGGAGCCUCUGCCUGGCCCGAACCCGACAGCCCGGUGCUCCCGGCACGGGCGAGCUCUGGAACUCUACUGCCGGACCGAGAGGUUGUGCAUCUGCUGUGCCUGCACGGUGGGCCAGUGUCAGGGCCACCGACGCGCCCUGCCCGAUGUGGAGCGCAGAGAGCAGGAGAAACAGCUGCAAGAACAGCUGGUAGAAAACUGGAGUCAGGCUAUCCAGGCUGAGGAACAACUUCAGGAGCUGCAGCAGAAGAGUGCUAAGAUCGAGAACUCAGCCCACACUCUCACCUUGGCCGUCUCCAACAAAGUCACUUGCCUGCUGAGGGCCCUCGAAGCCCAGCGGGAUAAGGCACUACAGAGCAUUGAGCGGCAAAAGGUAGUUGCCCUACAACAAGCCAUGGAGAGUAAGCAACGGCUUCAGGACCACCUGAAACGUCUGGCACAGCACACCCAACAGAUCCAAGAACUACUGACCUGUCCCGAUGACAUGAGCUUCCUCCAGAGGUCUCUGCUUCUGAUACCCCCUGAGUCUUUGGCACCAGUGCCCUCACUGAAGUGGGAUGAAGAUGCUGGUCAGCUGAAUGAGCUGAAGAAUACACUAGACCAAAUCUAUCAACUCCUGCUGAGGGAUGAGAUUGGCCCUGUGAGUCUUAGAGAUGCUGAUCCUGGCCCCAAAGAGCCCAGAGGUCCCCUGGAACCAGUCCCAAGACCAGUAUGCCAUCAGAGGAAGGAACUGAAACAGAAUUAUCGAAACCUCACCUUUGACCCUGACACUGCCAACCACCACUUCUACCUAUCCUGUCAAAACCAGCGUGUCAAACACUGCUCCAGCUCCCAGCACACUACUCACCCUGGGAGGUUUCAGCUGUGGCAAGUGCUGUGUACCCAGGGCUUUGAGGCAGGAAAGCAUUACUGGGAGGUAGAAGUAUCAGACCAUUCAGUGACCCUGGGCGUCACCUACCCCAGGCUUGCCCGGAAAAACCUGCCUGGACAGACGGACAACAUUGGGAGAAAUUCUGGUUCCUGGGGGCUUCGGGUACAGGAGGAUGGGUAUCAGGUCUGGCAUAAUAACCAGGCCCGGCGAAUUCUGGGCAAACCUGGACACCUCCUGGGAAUGGAGCUGGAUCUGACGGAUGGACGUCUCUCUUUCUAUAGCUUGGAGCCUCGGGUCCAGCUCCUGCAUGUCUUCAAUGCCUUCUUCACCCAGCCCCUCUACCCUGUCUUCUGGCUCUGUGAAGGCAGAACCAUCACCCUCUGUCAGCUGCCUGAGGCCAAGCCUUACUCUGUGCCCCAGGGAGAAGCACAGUAUCUGGGCCAGGAGCCCAGAUAAAUAAUGGUUACAUUAAAGAGACAGCAGGGGCUGAGGGUCCACAUGCCAGGUCCCAAUGCCCUUCUCUUUAGGAAAUGCUUAGUGAAUCCUUGCUCUAUUUGAGGCCUCAGUUUCCCCAUUAGUGAUGCCUGGAUAUUUAUUUCUGCCUCAAGCCUCCCUCCUCAGCACACUGGAUACUUGAACACCAGAAACAACCAGAGCCAGUCCCUGGAACAGAAAAAAGUCCUCUCCAAGUUUGGACAGUCUUAGCAUGAGUGACAGAGGAAAACCCGAAACAUUUGUCCUCUCUGGCUACUUUGUGUUAUAAAAUAGAUCGUUGUUGCUUUUUCCAUCUGACGUUUGUAGGAUGACAGUGACAAGCAUGAGAGAAUAAAAUAUAGGGGUGGGGGGACCGCAAGGUGACAGUCAAUCUCAAAAACUUAUCACAGGAUCUAGAGCUGAGAGUUCUAGAGACGGCCAUCGGGUUCCUUCAUUUUACAGAGAAGGAAACUGAAGCCUAGGAUGACUUCCUGAAGUCCUACAGCUCCCUUGACUCUUUCCACCCAAUCUUAGUGCAGAGCUGUGAAAUGGGUACAGAAUGAAGGAAAUACCAUUAAGGACCUUCCAGAACAGUAGACAACAGGCAUUAAGAAUGUUUAUACAAGGGCAGCUAGAUGGCGCAGUGGAUAAAGCACUGGCCUUGGAUUCAGGAGGACCUAAGUUCAAAUCCAGCCUCAGACACUUGACACUUAACUAGCUAUGUGACCCUGAGCAAGUCACUUAACCCUCAUUGCCCUGAAAAAAAAAAAAAGAAUGUUUACACACAAGCUUAGGGGUUGCCCCAGGAGUAUACUCAAAUUUGAGACUUCAAGGAUUAGACCUUCUGGAGCUGGGAUUCUUAACCUGUGAGUCUAUAAACUUUGUUUUUUUUGGAGGGCAAUGAGGGUUAAGUGACUUGACCAAGGUCACACAGCUAGUAAGUGUUGAGUGUCUGAGGUCGGAUUUGAACUCAGGUC